AUGUCGUACCCCGGUCCUCCAGGUGUCUCCAAGAACCCGACGACCCAUCCGUCGCUGCCUCCCCGACCGCCACCAGCAAAGCAGACGGGCGGCUUCAAGCCUGCCUUUCAGCCCGCGAUCCACUCUGCGCGGUCCUUCAGCACCGCGCCAUCUCCAUCUCCAUCUCCAGCCCCAGGCUAUUCCGCGCCCCCAACAACCGCGACAGCAACCUCGUCGUACGCAGCGCCUCCCGGCUAUGGCCCGACCCUCGGCGCCGCGGCGCCUGGCAGCUAUGGCGCGCCCAACCCAUACGGUGCUCGUCAACCAGCCGUUCCCGUCGUAGGAGGCGGUCGUGGUGGCUACGGCCAAGCAAACACAACAUACAGCAGCUACCCCCAAGCAGCGGGCUACCAGCAACAAGCCGCGUACGGCUACGGCACCCCCGGCAACGGCAGCUAUUCGACCCCGCCUCAGAUACGUAACCCCUUCCCCGUUCCGAACGCCGCGCCGACCGCCGCCGCCGCCGGCCACCAUGGUCAUCACCAUGAUGCCAACUAUGACCCCCUCGAGGCGGCCCAGAUAGCGGCGUGGCAGAGCGCGUACAUGCCCAAAGACUCCAACGAUCCCAACAGCGCCAACAAUAAGGCAGCUGGCGCUGGAAACGUCCCUGGCGCGCGCGGUGGAGCGGGAGCUUACGGAGCUGGCGCCGCUCAAUACGGAGCUGCGUACGGCGCAGCGAUGGAUCCUGCAACGGCCGCCGCCGCCGCAGCAGCAGCAGCGGCAGCAGGAACAACAGACCCCUACGCGGCUCACAACGCCAACAACGGCGCAACCGGCGCCGACGGCGAGAAGAAGAAGACGGUAGUGCGCGAAGGCGGCGGCAAAAAGUGGACAGACGACACGCUUCUGGAGUGGGAUCCCUCGCACCUGCGUCUCUUUGUCGGUAACCUAGCAGGCGAAACAACAGACGAAUCGCUCCUCAAGGCGUUCUCGCGCUGGAAGAGCGUGCAAAAGGCGAAAGUGGUGCGCGACAAGCGGACGACCAAGAGCAAAGGGUUCGGGUUCGUCAGCUUCAGCGAUCCCGAGGACUUCUUCCAGGCGGCCAAGGAGAUGAACGGCAAGUAUAUCCAGAGUCACCCCGUGGUGGUGCACAAGGCCAAGACGGAGAUCAAGCCGACCGUGAUGAAGGAUGAUCGGAAGGGUGGCAAGUGGAAGGACAAGAAGAAUAAUCAUAAUAAGGAGAAGAGGAGCGGGAGCGGGAUGGGUGCCGGUGGUGAUGGGCAUGGUGGAGGCGGCGGUGGUGGUGCUGGUGGUGCUGGCGGCGGGUAUGAGCCGCAUCUUGGGCCAGCGCAUGGUGGUGGAGUGACGAAGCCUGGGCAGAAGACUAAGGGCGGAUUGAAGUUGCUUGGUUGA